AUGGCCCCAUCAAAGCUAAAGCCUGAAGAAGAAACAUACCCACCUCAAGAAAUCCAUUACCUCAAAGACAUUAAAAUAGGAUCAAAUAAACCAGAACCAUUUUAUCAAAAUUAUCAACCAAAUGUACCUAUUGCAAUUGAUCUCGGAACUUCAACCUGGCGAAUUGGUUUAACAAACAAUCCAGAACCAAAUAAUGUAUUCCCGGGUAUAAUAUCACGUCAUAGAGAUCGUAAAGCAUUAAAAACUUUAACAAUAAUAGGAAAUGAUAUAUUUGGAGAUUCUGCAUUAAAAUCAACCUUGAAAACUCCAUAUGAUGGACCAUUAAUUACAAACUGGGAUUAUAUUGAAUUUAUGUUGGACUACUCAUUUGAACAUUUGGGAGUUACGAGCAACAAUGGGAGAUUAAAUAAUCCUAUAAUAAUGACUGAACCAAUAACUUGUCCAUAUAAUCAGAGAAAAACGAUGUAUGAAUUAUUAUUUGAAGCUUACCAAGUGCCUAAAGUCUCUUUUGGAUUAGAUUCAUUAUUUUCAUUUUACGCAAAUACAAAUGGUAAAUCUACAGGAUUAGUUAUUGGCAGUGGAAAUCAACUGACUUCAAUCAUUCCAGUGAUUGAUGGUAAAGGUUUAAUGACACAAGCUAAAAGAAUAGAUUGGGGUGGUGAUCAAUCACAGCUGUAUUUAUCAAGAUUACUAAGUUUAAAGUAUCCAUAUUUCCCAAACAAAUUGAAUCAAAAUCAUACAACCAAUUUAUUUCAAGACUUUUGUUAUAUAUCCCAAGAUUAUGAUGAAGAAUUAAAACAUAUACUAGAUAUGGAUGUACUAGAGACUAAAGAUGUAGUGGUACAAGCACCAGUAGAGAUAAACGUAUCUACUGAACCUAAAAAGAGCGAUGAAGAGUUAGCCAAGCAAGCUGAAAAAAGAAAAGAACAAGGUAAAAGAUUACAGAAACAAGCUCAACAAAAGAGAAUUGAAAAAUUAGUGCAAAAACAAGAAGAGUGGGACUAUUAUACUAAGUACAAAGAAGAUAAUGCAAAUUUGAGUCCUGAAGAAUUUGAAGAAUUAUUGAUAAGAGAUGGAUUUGAAGAUUUAGAAGAUUUUAAAAAGUAUAUGGCUUCAUUAGAUAGAUCUUUGAAAAGAGCGGCAAGUCUAAAUGAUGAUGGUGAAGAUGAUGACGAAGAAGAAGAAGUAAAUACAUCUAGAACGUGGCCAUUGGUGGAUAUACCAGAUGAUCAAUUAACAGAGGAUCAAAUUAAAGAAAAAAGAAAACAAAAAUUACAUAAAGCAAAUGUUGAAGCAAGAGAAAGAAAUAGAGAAUUGAAAAAACAAGAAGAAGAAGCAAAAUUGAAAUUUGAACAAGAACAACAAGAAUGGAGAGAACGAGAUUUAGAUGAUUGGAGUAGUGCUAAAAAAGUCAAAGUAGCUGAAUUAAUUAGCAGGUUCAAAGAUAGACAAAAAUUAUUAGAUUCAAUGAAAGAUCGAAAGUCAGCUGCUGCUCAACAAAGAAUGAAAAAUAUAGCAGAUUUAGCUAAUGAUGACAAUGGUUCAACUUCAGCAGCAUCCAGAAAAAGACGUCGUAAUGCUAAUGCUACAAUUGACAAUGAUCCAAAUGAUAAUUUUGGAGCUAACGAUGAUGAUUGGAAUGCCUAUAGAGAAAUUUCAAACAAAAGUGUGGAAGAAGAAUUAGAUAAAAUUAAUCAAGAAAUUAUGGCAGUUGAAGAUGAAUUAUUAAAAUAUGAUCCAAAUUUCCAUCAUGAAGAUACUUUUGCAGCUGCUAAUUCAUUUGAUUGGAAAAAUUCAGUACUUCAUAAAUUUAUACAUGGACCAAGAUCAAAUAUAACAAUAGCAAUGCAAGCAGAAGGAUUAAGUCCUGAAGAAAUUGCAAAUCAUCCUGAAAUAAUAAGGAAAAACCAUCAAAUUCAUUUAAAUAUAGAAAGACUAAGAGUACCAGAAGUUUUAUUUCAACCAACAAUGGGUGGUUUAGAUCAAGCAGGUAUAAGUGAAAUUGCAAAUGAUUUGUUGGUGAGAAGAUUAGGAGGAGAUUUUGCAACUUCUGGCGUAUCUUAUAAAAUGGCUCAAAAUAUAUUUUUGACUGGUGGCUUAGCUUUAAUUCCCGGUUUUAGUAGUAGAAUUGAGAGAGAUUUCAGAGGUUUCCUACCAACAGGUGUUCCAUUGCAUGUGAAAAAAGCAAAAGAUCCUUUAUUAGAUCCAUGGCAUGGGAUGUAUAAAUGGGCGAAUAAUGAAGAAGAUUCAGGAAAUGCUUAUGUCACUCAAGCUGAAUAUGAAGAGCUUGGACCGGAAUAUAUAAAAGAACAUGGUUUAGGAAAUGCAUGCAUUUUAUAA